ACCAAACGGAGUCAUGCAGGUAGCGCUCCCUCUGGGCCUGCUCGGCCUGCUGGCGGUGCUGGCUGCCAGCGCCGGCGUUCCGCCUCCUCCGCCACCUCUGCUGCAGCCUGACUCGAUGCCGGGUCACAAGCCGGGGCGCUGUCCGGAAACUGGACGUUGGCGUGGUCGGGGAAAGCCCUGCACACAGAAGACAGACAAAUGCCAGCAGGAUCUGGACUGCAGGGGCCCCAGGAAGUGUUGCCCGCGCACCUGUGGGCUUCGCUGCACCCGGCCCCGCCCCGUCUGUACGCCCAGCUGCCCGAAGGGGCUGAGGUGCAGAUGGAGGGGGGCCAAGUGCGGGGCACUGGGCUGUCCUCGCGUGCCCACCUGUGUCAAGCGCAGGCCCCGGCCCGUCUGUGUGCCCAGCUGCCCGAAGGGGCUGAGGUGCAGAUGGAGGAGGGCUAAGUGCGGCGCAUCGGUCUGUCCGCGCGUGCCCACCUGCGUCAAGCGCAGAAAACGGCCGAGGGCCCGGCCCGUCUGUGCGCCCAGCUGCCCGAAGGGGCUGAGGUGCAGAUGGAGGAGGGCCAAGUGCGGGGCACUGGGCUGUCCUCGCGUGCCCACCUGUGUCAAGCGCAGGCCGAGGACCCGGCCCGUCUGUGUGCCCAGCUGUGAGAAGGGGCUAAGGUGCAGAUGGAGGAGGGCCAAGUGCGGGGCACUGGUCUGUCCUCGCGUGCCCACCUGUGUCAAGCGCAGGCCGAGGCCCCGGCCCGUCUGUGCGCCCAGCUGUGAGAAGGGGCUAAGGUGCAGGUGGAGGAGGGCCAAGUGCGGGGCACUGGUCUGUCCGCGCGUGCCCACCUGUGUCAAGCGCAGGCUGAGGGGCCGGCCCGUCUGUGUGCCCAGUUGCCCGAAGGGGCUAAGGUGCAGAUGGAGGAGGGCCAAGUGCGGAGCACUGAUCUGCCCUCGCGUGCCCACCUGUGUCAAGCGCAGGCCCCGGCCCGUCUGUGCGCCCAGCUGCGAGAAGGGGCUAAGGUGCAGAUGGAGGAGGGCCAAGUGCGGGGCACUGGUCUGUCCGCGCGUGCCCACCUGUGUCAAGCGCAGGCUGAGGGCCCGGCCCGUCUGUGUGCCCAGCUGCCCAAAGGGGCUGAGGUGCAGAUGGAGGAGGGCCAAGUGCGGGGCACUGGUCUGUCCGCGCGUGCCCACCUGUGUCAAGCACAGGCUGAGGGGCCGGCCCGUCUGUGUGCCCAGUUGCCCGAAGGGACUGAGGUGCAGAUGGAGGAGGGCCAAGUGUGGCGCGGCCAAAUGCCCCCGUGCCCCCACUUGCGUCAAGAGCAGGGGCAGAUGGCGCAGGCCCACGUGUACCCCCAGCUGCGCGCAGGGUGAAAGAUGCCGCUGGAGGAAGGCCAAGUGUGGCGCGGCCAAAUGCCGUCGUGCCCCCACCUGUGUCAAGCGGCGACGCGAUUGGAAGCACUAGCUCCAGCUGGCAGCAGAGGAAGGAGCAACAGCAGGGGACCACGGUAACAGGGUUCCGCGCUCGUGCCAACCCACUUACAUGUGCGGCUUGCUCCAGUCCAGACCACCAACGCGAUGCAGGCGAUUCGAAAUGCGCAUCUUCCCUGGCGACACACCGCUAAGUAACAUGCCGGAAGCCUUUGGAAAACAGCGGGGCGGUAAACCCGUGCUGUCACGCAGCAAUUCGCCAUGUAUCAAUUCGCCAUGCAUCUGCCGCAACAACCAUCAUUUGCAUGGUCGCUGCAGUUGUCCGGCAUGUGGGAUGCUAUGUUUGGCGGUAUAUUCGGUGUGCACCCUGAGGUCACGAAGGCGGCUGGGUCUGCGCCGUUCAACCUAAUGCUUAGCUAGAUCGGAUGACAGCCAGCUGACGGGACAUCUCGACGCACGUGCCAUGCUUAAAUGUCGUUUUGUUAGCCUUAACGUCCGUGUCUAUUUUGUUAGACUCUUGUAUGUGAUGGUCGGCUGCGAUGAGCAGAGUGAAAAAAUGGAGAUGACAUUUAGUAGUCUUUGCUCAUAACACGGUGGGCAAAAAGCAGACGAGAAGGAUUCAAACAGUGGUUAUGUAUUCCGCUUGCGCCUUUAUCAGAACCUGAACAGAAAUGGUACAGAAACGCGACCUUGCUUCGCCCGACGUUUACUUGAUCCAGCUGGUUUGUGAGGAAUAAAGGGUCGUUGA